AUGGCUGCUCCUCCGCCAUCGCGAGGUCCGUGGCCGCGCGUGACGCGUGGUCCGGCACCCUCGCAUGCCUCGCUUUAUGAUCCUAGAGGACCACCUCAGACGCUUGGCCAGCAGGUCAUGGCACAGGCAGACUACCUCAAUAAUGUCUAUCGCACCACUCAGAAGUUCCAGCUUCAACGAGAAGAGCAAAUCGCGAAGGAAACAUUCCGGAAACAUCUGCAAGGCAUGUUUCAGACACUACUACAGAGCCACUACUCGUCAUUCGACGUAAAGGACGUCCGCCUUCAAUGCUACGGCAGUUUGAACAAUGGCUUCGGUCUGGCAAAUUGUGACAUGGACCUUCUGCUGUUGCUGCCAGCAAACCUCGACUUCAUCAACCGAGUCAAUGAGGCAACGAACUCGACUACAGAGGCGGCAGAAGACGACCGGAAGUUCGAAGUUGCUCUGCUUCUCGAGAAGGCUUUGCUAGAUUCCGGCAUUGGCGCGAGGCUAUUAACAAAGACACGUGUACCCAUUCUACGUGUAUGCGAGAAGCCAUCAGAGACGCUACUCGAGAACCUUCGACAAUAUUGCAAACAGAGUGAAGAGGCCGCAACCCCGACUCCUGUCAGACCGACCAAAGAUGACAUGCCGGCACCGCCAGAAAUGACUCUCUCAGAUAUUACGACCGCCAUAUCUGAACUGUCUACAGAAGACGACGCCGCAUCAAUUCGUCUUCCAGAUUCGCCAACAAAGAACAAGCAGCUAGCCAUCGAAUUCGUUGGCGACUGUGGAAUCCAGUGCGACAUAAACUUCACAAAUUUCGUGGCUGUCCACAACACCCGACUUCUGAGAACGUACUGCACCUACGACUCAAGAGUGGCUCAAGUCGGUACUUUCGUGAAGCUCUGGGCCAAGACACGAGAUAUCAACACCCCCUACCUAGGGACGCUAUCGUCAUACGGGUAUACUCUGAUGGUCCUACACUACCUGAUGAAUGUUGUUGACCCGCCUGUCAUUCCCAACUUGCAGCAGCUUGCAUAUAGUGCAGACUCUUGGGCGACAAAGCCAGUGCAGAAGUUCGAGGACAAGUUUGACAUACGCUUUCUCUCCAAUAUGGAGCAGCUGCAGAAGUUCAAGGCUAUGCAGAGAGUGAAUCGACAGUCUACCGGACAUCUCCUGCGAGGAUUCUUUUGGUACUAUUCUGCUCAACAAGGCUUCCACUGGACGCAGUCUGUCAUAUCCAUUCGAACUCCGAGAGGCAUUAUGACUAAGGCGGUCAAAGGUUGGACUGAAGCCAAGUGGUCGGCGCAGAACAAGAACGUUCGUCAACGCUAUCUUCUGGCCAUUGAAGAUCCAUUCGAGGUUGAUCACAACGUCGGCCGCGUUGUCGGACACAAUGGGAUCGUUGCCAUUCGCGGAGAGUUCCGACGAGCAUGGCAUAUCAUCUCUACUGUCGGCGACCCAUAUGCACCUCGAGGCGGGCCUAUUGAAGACCUUCUACAGCCUGCUGAAGCUAGAGGAGAUCUCUUGCGCAAAGAUCAAGACUUUCAUCGGGACAAGAUGCGGAAGAUGAAACAAGAAGCGGAGGCCAGACAGAAGCAAGCAUUGCAAGAUAGCGUGUCGACUACGACUCCUGAGCAGCCCAUAGACCAGGGACAGCUGCUUCUGAAUGCGGUCAUGGGGUAUCCAACUGGAACCACGAACGGUAUGUCGAAUUAG